UUGAAGUUCUCGUCGUGACAAACCAAUAAGGGAAGAACUUUUCUUCCUUUCUCCACUUUCUUCUCUUUCUUCCCGUCACCCACUGUUUCCCUCAGUUCUAUCUCUCUACACUUCUUCAACUGAUUCACACACACAAACGAAUAUACUUCAUCUCAUCACCAUCGUCUUAACUACGCUAUUCAACUUCCGCAGCACUCAAAUCCAUUCAAUUGUUCACAGUUGAUGGCUUCUUCUGUUCUCUCCGCAGCUUCGCAUUCUCUCUAUGCCUCUUCUUCUCUCUCCCUGCGCCAAACCCACAAGGGGAAGCCCAAGAUUGCAGACAACGCUUUGAGAUUUAACAAUGGAAUCAACUCCUUCCCAAAUUCAAGGUCUAGUGGUCGGGUCUCUAUGACUGUUGCACUUAAUGUUUCUCGGUUUGAGGGCAUACCUAUGGCUCCUCCUGACCCAAUUCUUGGAGUUUCUGAGGCCUUUAAAGCGGACACAAGUGAUGUAAAGCUCAAUCUUGGAGUAGGGGCGUACAGAACAGAAGAACUACAGCCAUAUGUGCUUAAUGUUGUUAAGAAGGCAGAGAAUCUUAUGCUGGAGAGGGGGGAUAACAAAGAGUAUCUCCCUAUUGAGGGUUUGGCUGCCUUUAACAAGGCAACGGCAGAGUUGUUACUUGGAGCAGACAACCCAGCAAUCAAACAACAAAGAGUUGCCACUGUCCAAGGUCUUUCUGGAACUGGUUCUCUGAGGCUAGGUGCAGCUCUGAUAGAAAGAUAUUUUGCUGGGUCUAAAGUUUUGAUAUCAGCUCCUACCUGGGGUAAUCACAAGAAUAUUUUCAAUGAUGCUAGAGUGCCAUGGUCUGAGUACCGAUAUUAUGACCCCAAGACUGUUGGCUUGGAUUUUGAGGGCAUGAUUGAAGAUAUAAAGUCAGCUCCUGAAGGAUCUUUUGUGGUACUACAUGGAUGUGCUCAUAACCCAACUGGUAUUGAUCCAACCCUUGAACAAUGGGAAAAAAUAGCUGAUGUAAUUCAAGAAAAGAACCACAUUCCCUUUUUUGAUGUUGCUUACCAGGGCUUUGCCAGUGGAAGCCUUGAUGAAGAUGCAGCUUCUGUGAGACUGUUUGUUGCUCGUGGUAUGGAGGUUCUUGUGGCUCAGUCAUACAGUAAAAAUCUUGGUCUUUAUGCUGAAAGGAUUGGAGCAAUCAAUGUUAUUUCAUCAUCUCCAGAAUCUGCAACUAGGGUAAAGAGCCAGUUGAAAAGGCUAGCCCGACCUAUGUACUCUAAUCCACCUGUACAUGGGGCUCGAAUUGUUGCCGAUGUUGUUGGAAAUCCAGUUCUCUUUAAUGAAUGGAAAGCAGAAAUGGAAAUGAUGGCGGGAAGAAUCAAGAAUGUUAGACAACAGCUAUACAAUAGUAUUACAUCAAAAGACAACAGUGGAAAAGAUUGGUCAUUUAUACUUAAGCAGAUAGGCAUGUUCUCAUUCACCGGCUUGAACAAAGAACAGAGUGACAACAUGACAAAUAAGUGGCAUGUAUACAUGACAAAGGAUGGAAGGAUUUCCCUGGCAGGAUUGUCGUUGGCUAAAUGUGAAUACCUUGCAGAUGCUAUUAUAGACUCGUAUCAUAAUGUCAGCUGAAACUCAAUCAAAUAUUUUCGGUAACUGUUGUGUCCAAUCGGAAAGAUUGUGAGAUACAUUAAAAUAAUUUAUGUAUGCAUUAAUUGUCAUACAUAUGUACCUCCAAGUACCUUAGGAAAUUUUGUAAUCUCAAAACGACUCAGUAUUGAUGCAUAACAAGUCGGAUUAUAUCAGUACCGAUGCAUAACAAGUAUUGACUUAAAGCUUGUUGAAUCAGUACCGAUGCAUAGUGUAUGUUUCUCAUUUCAUAUGGGUGAGACUGAAUAAAUCAUGAUAGCAAAGUUUCAUUGGCUAUAA